UUUCGAGCGAGCAUUUGUAAACUUACUCUUUAUGAGUAUUUACAAAAAAGUUCUGGAACUCCGCCCCGCAACUCGCCACUCGCCCGCAGCCAAGCCAAGCCAAAACCUUCGUGUAGUACAUUCCGCGUAGCGCCCACCUUCGACGACCUACAAAUAUU